AUGGCGAUGCAACUUUUGUUGAUUCCCGUCUUGUUCGCUUUUACGGCCUCGAUAAUCUCUGCCUUGGAUACCUUGAGUCUAGACUCCAUGGGCUCAGAUGCCUUGAGCGAAGCCUCGCCUCAAAACACGAAUUACCUGGCACCUUCAAGUACAACAUCACCAGGUCUUGUUCCUUCUUUCAAAAAUCUCUACGAAUUCGGCGUCUGCCAGGCUCGCCAUUGCGACGCCCGUCAAUGGUAUGUCACGCUCUGCUCCGGCUCGCCGCGUCCUGUUUGCAAUCCCAUUUGCGCAACCCGAUCCGAAACAACGAUUGCCAAGAAGAAGGCACAAAUGAAAGGCUUGCUAACUCGUCGCACAGCAGCACGCCUGAGCUGCGCGCGGCUUCUCCGGCCGCUGUCCGCCGAGUCUCGGCGCACCUUGACGACACCCACGACCACCAUGGCACCACCGUCCAACAUGCCUCGCCGAUGCUACUCCUCCGCCUCGGGCCCCGUAUCCUCCUCGACACCAGCCUCUCCCUCCACCGCCGCGACACACCCUCCCAAGAAGCCGCGCUUCUCCUACCACAUCGCCGCCUCCUUCAUCGCCAAGGACCGGCCGUUCGACCCCUCGACGCACGUCUUCCACUUCAACCCGUACAACCGGAUACAGCCGCCGGCGCGGCACAGCCGCCGGCGCUCCGCGCGCCCAGACUCGGGCCACGACGCCUUCUUCGCCUCGCGCGUGCACGAGACGGGCGGCGCCGUCGCCUUUGGCGUCGCCGACGGCGUCGGCGGCUGGGUCGACUCGGGCGUCGACCCGGCCGACUUUUCCCACGGCUUCUGCGACUACAUGGCCUCGGCCGCCUGGGAGCACCAGCCGCCUUCCUCUUCCCCCGCCGGCAGCAGCAGCACGCUCACGGCCCGCAAGCUCAUGCAGCUCGGCUACGACGCCAUCUGCGCCGACGGCUCGGUCCGCGCCGGCGGCAGCACCGCCUGCGUCGCCGUCGCCUCGCCCGACGGCCACCUCGACGUCGCCAACCUCGGCGACUCGGGCUUCCUGCAGCUGCGCCUCAACGCCGUCCACAGCUACUCGGAUCCGCAGACGCACGCUUUCAACACGCCCUUCCAGCUGUCCAUUGUCCCGCCCAGCGUCGCCGCCCGCAUGGCCGCCUUUGGCGGCACCCAGCUCUGCGACCUGCCGCGCGACGCCGAUGUCACCCAGCACCGCCUGCGCCACGGCGACGUCCUCAUCCUCGCCACCGACGGCGUCCUCGACAACCUCUUCAACCAGGACGUCCUGCGCAUCGCCAGCCGCGUCAUGGGCGCCACCAAGGCCUGGACCAGGGGCGACGCCGGCCAGGUUCAGGUCGCCCCGGACCUCGACGCCAUUGUCCGCGGCCCCUUACAGCCCGCCCGCCCCGCCCCCGGCCGGCAGCAGAAUCCCGACCGCGUCGUCACCCUGCAGAGCCUGCUCGCCACGGAGCUCGUCCUCGCCGCCAAGCGUGCCAGCGUCAACACCAAGCAGGACGGCCCCUUUGCCAAGGAGGUGCAAAAGUACUACCCGCUGGAGAACUGGCGCGGCGGCAAGAUUGACGACAUUUGCGUCGUCGCGGCUGUCGUCGUAGAGGAUCCCGUGUCCACCCCAAGCAAGCUGUGA